CCUGCGCUUACGUGUAGUCGUGACGCCAGAGUCUCGCGUGAUGAGAUUUAUGGCGUCGGGAUUUUCUGUAAGACAGGAGGCAAGAAGCUUGCAAUUAACUGCUUUGCUGGAGGUGGAAGUAGCGAUCCGGUUCUGCGUUCUGAAAAGCGGGAGUGUUUCACUAAAAGCGGAACUGUUGAGUAGAAUGUCCUAGCUUCCGCCCUUGUUUGCGAAGUCUGGCGCUCACUGACAGCAGGGAUAGAUGAGGUACAAUGAAUGCAAUAACCUAGAUUCCAUUUCAUCCCUGUGAUGGAUAUGAAAGUAUGGAGAAACAAAUGCAAGGAGAUUUGGAAAAACAUGGAGACACAACCCAAGUCCUACCCUGUAAUAAUGACCAAGAGUUCUUCAGGUUAGAAAAUGCCUAUAGCCCUUCUACUAAUCAGGGCGUGAAGCCAAAUAUACAACAAAAUGGCACAGAAACACCAUAUACAGAAUUAAGGAAAUGUAAUCAAAAAAGUUUUUUGCCCAAUCAAGAUUUUAUAAAUAAUGCAAAGGAGAAUGAGAAGAAAGUACCAACAGAUCACUUUAUCAAAGCAGGAGACCCAGGGAGCAAGACGUUUAUUUUUGAAAAGGAUAUUACUUUCCAGUCUGGUAAACAUUCGGAGCAUCGAUCAGUAUCAGAGACAGCAGGGUGUAGUAAGCUUGACUCGUCAACUCUCCAGUCCAAUUGCAGAUAUGCUACAGAAAACUAUAAUUCUAAUUGUGACAACUACUUAGACUCUGAGGAUCAUUCAUUAGGGAGAGGGUGCCAUCAUUUUUCAUCUUACCAGCAGCAACCUUUAGAUGGUGAAGGAGAUGAAGAUGCAGACUGUGAGAGGCAAAUAGAAGGUGAAGAGGAUCUAGGAAAGGGGACAGGUGGAAAGAGGACAAGUCGCAGAGGAAAAAGCCGUACCCAUCUGAGAUGGGAUGGUCAUCAGACUUCAUUCUCUGGAGGUAAGCACAAGGUUGGCCGCAAAAAAAGCUAUGCUGAUGGACGUCAUGACCUUCAGUCUCUGGUUCCUCAGCCGUUAGUGUGGCUUUCAACAUCUUGUUUCCAUAUGCUUAUUAAUUUUGUGCUUGUGAUUGGGGAAUUUGUAGAGACACUGGGAAUGCUGCUGUACAUGAAAUUAUGGCUGCCAGCUCGCGACCUGGACCUUUUAAAAAUUCAGCUUAGGACUUUUGGUCAGUGGUUAAACCAGUGGAGAAAAGAUUUGUGGAACUGGUCUUUGGCAUGUGGUUUAUGGCUUCUGUCUAUGAUGAAAAUGGCCUGUGCCCUGUUGUUUUUGGUUCUAAUGCUUUCAGUGGGCUCUGCUCGUCUGUGUUGGCAAUACAUUAAAAGCGCACUGGACAGAGUAAUAGUUAGCAAAUACCGGGCAUCUGGAUUCUCACUAAAACUUCACACAGUCUGGAAAAUAAUAACCCAAAAUAGAACUUGUAGCCGAAUUUUUCAUAAUUUCAAACAAUGGACUUCAAGUAUAUGGCCUUUCAAGUUAAGGAAAGCCCAGGACACUUCAUGGGCAUCAACAGGAUCUCCAAGAAUGGGCAAGGUCCAGCCUGGGGAGGAAGUAGAACGUCUUCUGACUAUGGCUGAUAUCCCAGAGGAAGACCUAAACCCUUUUCAGGUGUUGGGGGUGGAAAUGAAUGCAUCUGACGCAGAACUCAAAAAAGCAUAUCGUCAGCUGGCUGUGCUCGUUCAUCCUGACAAGAAUAAUCACCCGCGUGCUGAAGAGGCUUUCAAAGUUCUGCGUGCUGCUUGGGACACUGUCAGCAACCCAGAGAAGCGCAGGGAGUAUGAAAUGAAGCGUAUGUCUGAAACUGAGCUAGCCAAGUCUAUGAAUGAGUUCCUCAGCAAACUGCAGGAUGAUCUGAAGGAAGCCAUGAACAGCAUGAUGUGCAGCAAGUGUCAAGGAAAACACAGGAGGUUUGAAAUGGACCGUGACCCUGCAAAUGCUCGUUACUGUGCUGAGUGUGGGAAGAUGCAUUCAGCAGAAGAGGGAGACUUUUGGGCAGAGUCCAGUAUGCUUGGGCUGAAAAUAACAUACUUCGCCAUGAUGCAAGGAAAAGUGUUUGACAUAACAGAAUGGGCAGGAUGCCAGCGUGUGGGCAUUUCACCAGAUACUCACCGCGUUCCUUAUCACAUUUCAUUUGGCUCAAGGAAUCCCUCAAACACAGGACGACAAAGGGCUCCAUCUGAAAGCUCUCCAACCUCUGCUGCCGAUUUGCAAAACCUUCUAAACAGGAUAUUCCAAGGCACUCCUGGCUCAAUGCCCAAUGGGAACAUCUUUAAUUCUACCCAGUCUCCGCCACAUGGACCUCAGUCCCCAUCUGGACAAUCAAAACCUGAAACUGCACCCAGAAGCGACACAAAAUCCAAGAAGAAGAAGAAAGUGAGACGUCCCGUACAACGAUGAACAAGGAUUUAAUCAAAACAGACUAUAACUACAGGAGGCAGAGGAUUAGUGUGGGCUUACAGAGACUUGAGUGGGGGGGACUUGAAAUGUACAUGUCCGAUAAUUCUGGCUUGUCUUUCCAAUACUUUGAGUGAAAAUGUACAGAUUUAGUAGGACUCCAGCUGCCAAGGGCUUUCCAUUUGUCUUUGUUUUAUUAUUAACUUCCUUUUUAGUAGUGUCCCCUCUUUAUUGAUGCAGAGGAGCAGUGCUGCUUGCCCUUUUACUGGAAAGGGAUUCACUGACAGCCAGCAAAGCCCUCUUUUGUCCCUUGUAUCUCAUAAUACCAAAGAUUCAGGGUGUAAACCUUUCUGGGGUGCAGGCACCAUUUUUGCAUCCACAUCACUCGAUUUCCAGACCCAAUUUAGCUGGCGAUCAAAUGCAUUACUGAAUGUACAGAUUACUUGUACUUGAGUAGAGAGAUGAUUUUAAGUUCAUUCUGUCAUUAUACCUAGGGUCAGCAUCGCUUUGCCUCGUCUAGUGAUCACUAGUGCAUUGUACUAAUCACGGGAGUCGCCCAGGAUUAUUUUAUGAAAUAUUCAGUGACGACAUCAGGGAGAGCAGUUUUUCAAAAUGAAGGAUUUAACUUUUUAAAUGUAUAUUUUAAUCCUUUUAUAUAUAUUUUUAGUAAGGGAGUUUUACGAUUAAGUUAUGUUGCGAGCCAAGGUGGUGAAAGGAUCAGUUUAACAGGCAGGUGUAUUUUCCUCCUUGGUACUUCAUUGCUAUGACUGAAAUGCUUUUGGAACCUGGAAGGUUAAGCUUUCUCACAAUAUCCCUCUUGAUACUUUGCAGGUCUCCUAAGAAGCUUUUUAGUCUUCAGGGCACACAGGCUUGAUUUAAGGUUUAGAAUGUGGCACAGGUGCACAAAUUGAGUUAAUGAAUUGUGUGGGAAAUUAAAAAUGUAUCUUCCUAUAGAUCUCCCAUGAACAGCUGGAGGCCAAACCUGACAUCAAACUGCAAUAUUAUCUCUGACCCUAGAGCUGUGGCGGGUGUUGUGCAAUUUCAGGGGGUCAUACACUUGAUUAAUUAUGGUUCACUUUUAAGUUAA